AACUGGAGAGCUGGAGACGCGACGCAAAUGGAAAAGGAAAACAUAAACGCGAAAAGCAGGGAAAAUGUGCUGUAAAAUCCGCGCCGUUAGCCUGCAGGUGCAAGUGCGCGACGUCCGGGAGUGCCAGUGACAAGUGCGCGAUGAAAUAGGUGCGGGAAAACAGCAGCGAAAGGCAAAGCUCCGGACCCAGUACAUCCACCGCCCCCUCCGUCGCCACCCCCGUCCCACGUCUUGCAGCGAGCAACGUCAGCGGGCAAGAGAGUGGCGGGCGUUGCUAAAUAAUUUCUCCGGGGCGCUCCGCUGGACAAAAGUGCUUUUCGUUGGCGUGCGCGUAUAAAUAAAUAGCUGCAAAAGGCACAAAAAGCCAGAAAAUCGGGCAGAGAAGAAGGCUGAACGAGAAAAUCUGAAAAAUCAGCGAAUAGAAAGUGUAUACACACUCACACAUGCCCAUGCCGCCGCCUGCAUUUGUGUUGUUCGUGUGAUGUGUAUUGGUGUGUGCAAUACCAGAGAACACAAGGUGCAAAAUGUUUACCAAAAAAUCCCAUGCGGAUGUGAAGAAAUCCACGGCCAAGUUGCAGGACUGCAAGAAGGAUUCCGCCUCCCGAUUGCGACACCUACGCAUGAUAUUGGAUAAUGUGGAGCUAGAGGAGUCCAAGUCGUUGUUCGAGACCAACUACAGUCAUGUGUAUUUUAUACUCUACGACACCUUCAUUCAAGCCGAGGCCAAUCUAAAGCAAAAAGAACUUCCGUUUCACAUUGUUCACAAGGCGCAUCGCGAGGAGCUCGACGGUUCGCUAUGGCUUCUCGAGAAGAUUCUGUGCCUGCUGCCGGAGCUGUUGGCCCGCCGUUGGCAAUGCCACUCACUCAGCCGCAUCAUGGCCAAGCUGCUGCAUCUGGGCAACUCGCCGAAACUGAGACGCGAGGGCGUCAGGUACUUCCUGCUGUGGUAUCAGACCCUCGGGGAGAAUGCCCCCGGCUAUGUGCACGCCAUGUACGCGGACCUCAUACCCGGCCUCAUUGUUCCCCAGAAGGGCGUCACCGGUCCGGACACGGAGUUCAGUGCCUCGGACUUUCUCACGCAUCCCAACAUGAAGGCGGACGGUGGAAUGGCCUCGGUAUUCCACGACAACGCCUUCUCCCACCCUGUGCAGAGUUCGGAGGUUGUUGCCCUGCUGCCGCCUUCGUCCAGCGAGAAGUCAGCACCUCCGGAUCCCCGGGACGGGCUGGAGGUGCUGCUGAACAGCAUGGUGCAUACGGCGGCCUGCCUGCGAUGGCGUGACAAUCGGGCCCAAAAGGAUCACCGGGCGUUCGCCUUUCUGCUGCAGCGCUUCAUGGACGUAUUCCUGCCCGUCUUCUCGCCUAACUUCGAUGUCACCUGCUCCAUCUACAGUCCGCGCUUGGAUCUGCCCGUGAUGCGAUCGAUCAACAAAAAGGAAGAGGUGAUGGCCUCCUGCGUGGUCGUCCUCAUCAACUGGGUGUCGCGAUUCACCCACGAGCGCUUGCUGAGUCACCGCCUGGACUGCACCCUGCACCUCGAGGAGGUGGAUCAUGUCCGCCUGCAGGGCUACCAGCAGGGACUGAUCGUCCGGGAUGUGUUCUACGUUAGCCGGGAGAAUAUCAACUUUGUGCACGAGGUGUAUCGUCAGGCCUUCUUGCUGAACUUCACCUCCAAGCCCCAGAUCGAGGCCAUACGCACUGCCAUCGCUGUGUACAGGGAUUGGAUGACGGGCGAGACGCCGCCACCGUUUCUGCUGGAGCCGAAUGAUGAACCACCGCCUCUGUCAACGGCGGGCGGGACACCGCGGAGUCAGCGAUUGCGCACGCCCUCCUAUGUGGGUGCCAUGGCGGGCUCCAAGGAUCAGCAGGCAGUGCGAGCUGGUCGGCAGAAUGUGCUGCAGGUAUUCGUGACCAAUGCCGCCAACGUGUUCCUGGUGAACACCGCCAACCUGAACAUCUGCUUCCCCGGACGCUCGCGCACCUAUCGGUCCACGCCGCUGGAGGAGCAGACGGAGAUCUGCAAGAAGGUGCUGAAUGUGUACCGCACCAUGGUAAUGAACACCGAGAUGGACUCGCGCACCUGGGAGCAGCUGCUGCUGGUGCUCCUGCAGGUCACCUCUGUGGUUUUGCAUCAGAAUCAGCCCAAUGGCGGCGGUGGAACACCCAAGAGCGGUACUUUGGGAGGGAUUUUGGGGUCGGCAAUCUUCCAAACCCUGAUUGUCACCUGGAUACGAGCCCACACCAAGGUCCCCGUGAAUGUGCAGCUGUGGGAAAAGUUCCUCAAUGUCCUGCAAUCGCUGACGCAUCGCGAGGAGCUCAUCGUGGAAUGGAACAAGACCAUACAGACGCUGACGCGGGUCUUUUCCCGCUACAGUUACGGCAUCAACUUGCUGGACUUGCCCCUGGAUCGGGUGGCGGAGAGCCGGGCCGAGAAGCGGCGUCGCAUCGGUAGCGUCUGGCAGGGAUCGGGCGCCAGCACAGGCGGAGGCAAUGCCGCUGCUUCGGCAGCCAUCUCAGGCCAAGGCCGGCAGAGAGAGUCGCUGGCGGAAUCAAAUAGCAGUCGCUCGGAGGAGACCUCGUCCUCGCAGGUGCCGCAUCAGCACCAACCAAAUCGUACGCAUCACCAGCACACACAGUCACAAGGAGGCGCGGGACAGGGCUCACGACCAGUGCCUCUGACGCCCAUGCUGAGCCGUAGCUACAGCGAAGGCAGCCUGGCUUCGGCGGCCAGGAAUUCGGCAAGGAUACGUCGCCGUAGAGCAGCUCCUCCGCCCAAACCCAAGCCCCUCCAGCAGCAGCAGCAGCCGCCAAACGGGGAGAAUCGCAUUAAUGCGCAGGACUUGCGCCGGGCCAUGUCCCUGGACUCCCUGGCCAGGAAGAGUAGCGAUGCCGCCGAGGAGACGGACAUGGAGGGCGACAACGAGAGUGGAGCGGGGUCCAGGAGUCCAUCGCCCACCGCCAGCAGUGGCAUCGAAGGGGGCUCCAUCAAGGAUGCCCAACUGCAGAUCGAUGCCAGCUUGGAUGAUGCCAAUUCGGGGAGCUACGGGAGCGGCAGCAACUCGGGCAGCCUCUCCGGUCGUCGCUGCAUCAUCCUAGGCGGCUCGGCGGAGGGCUGGCAUCCAGACUCCACCUCCAUUAUGUGGAAGCGCAUGCUGGGCGCCCUGGGCGAUGUGAAUCGCAUCCCAAAGCCGGAGCUGCACGCCCAGGUCUUCAUGCACCUGCUGGAGAUGACCCAGAAUCUGAUUAAGAUCAAGCAGAACCAGGGCAUAUCCACGGAUAAUCAGAGCACGCCACCGCCGCCGACUCUGGUGCCACCGAUUGGAAUAGUGGCACCCUGGUGCUAUGGCUCCCUCACGCUGGACAGAUCCUUCAAGAAGGGCAAACUGUGGGCUCUGCAGCUGCUCUGCUCGCUGGCCAUUCAAGGAGGAACGGUGGGCAUGCAGCCGCAGUUGCCGCUGUUCUAUCACGCUCUCCACCAGCUGCUGACGGGUGAGGAUCGGGAUUUGAUUUAUGCCAUCCUCAAGCACUUGGAGGGACCCCGGUUGCUUAGCCUGCUGCUGCCCGGGCACACGCUCCUCCUGCUGGACUUGGUUCACGCGAGUGCUAUACUGCUUACCUCCCUGGAGGUUUCCCGGAGCACGCCCCGGGCCGAGGUGGCUGCCCUGCUGGGCUCGCUGCUCUGCUAUCCGUCCUCGCUGCUGCCGCGUCCCGUGCUGCAGCCCUCGCCGCAGAAGUUUGAGCUGAUGGAGUGCCCGGAUCUGCAGGAUCACAUCUUGAACAUUGUAUUGAGAUGCGCCAGGCGGGAGCCCUCUUCUCGGGCGCGCUGCAUUGCCCUCGCCCAGCUGGGCCAGUGGCUGCUCCUGCGGCUCUCGCAGCCCUUGGUGGGUGCCUCCUCGGCUGCCGGCAAGGGUCACCUCUUCCAGCAGGCAGUGCCGCAUCACAAGGAUGUCCAGCCCAAGGAGACGCAGGUGUUUAAUCCUCGCAUCAAGGAAGUGCUGCAGGUGCUGCUGCAGGCCUUGCAGUUCAAGCAUCACACCAUCGCCAUGGUGGCCGUGGAUUCACUGAAGCUCUGCGCGGAGCGUGGCCGGCAGCUGGCGUCCAUCGAAAGGGUUCCCCAGCUCAUAAUAACCGCGCUGUGCAAGGCCUUGGAGAUUCAGAACGUGACCAAGCCCAGGGACUCGGAUAAGGUGGUGCUGACGUCGCUGAUGCUCUGCUUGGGUGAAUUUUGCAUGGCGAUUCCCGCAGCUCUGAUGCUGGCUCCGUUCAAUGACCAGGGCGAUACCCUGGUGCUUCAGGUGCUCCGAGUGCUCCUGCAGGUUGCCUCCGGAGCCCCACGCCACGAGAGGGUGAAGCUGACGGCGGACGACGACUUCGACAUGCACAUAACCCAUGAUGACCUGCAGGGCGACGGGCGCCUGCCGGAAGCCACCUACCAGACGUCGGAGACCAUCCACAAGUGCAUCACGGCCAUCAAGCUGUGCGCCAAGGCGGUGUCCAUGCAUCUGGUGACCCACAUCGGUCACUUUCCCAUGGGCAUUGGCGCCUCUCGCCUCAGUUCCAUGGUGGAGGAGCAGGAUGACAUAGGGAGCAACGUCUUUGGAGGUCCGGCGGAAGCUCGACGCGAUUCUGUGGAGCUGCCUUCGGUGGUGAAUGCCCAGAACAUGCAGCUCUUCAUGCUCAACUCGGGCCUGGUGGCCAGCUUUAUAGAGUUGCCCACGCUUAAGCUUCCUGGAGGAGGAGUAACCGCUGGUCUGGUCACCGCAGAGAAGCAGGUGAGGGUCCUGAUGCGGGAUCUCAAUGGCAAGGCCUGCUGGGAUGCUUCCAUUCUGUACUCGGAGCCCCGCAAGUCGGAGGAGGUUCCUCUUAGCAGAGCCCCUCCCAAGAUCCUGCACUCCCAUCCCUUGGAUUCCAUGGUCUCCUCCUCCAUGGUGGCCCAUGAGCUGCAGGCACCGCGUCACACUUUGCGUCAUCGUCCGGCUGGAGUGCUGCCCUUGGCCCAGGACAUGGCCCCGGAUCUGGACCAGCUGGACGAUAUGUUGGCCUACAUAGGACACACCAGCCCCGAGUGCGUGGCGCCCACAGUUACUCAGCUUAAUGCCCCGAGUAGCAGUCCUUUGAGCGGCAACCAAGAGGCGCAGGCCAUUUCGGUGAUCCUCAAUCAACGCCUUUUGGAGCAGGAGUACGUGACGCACUCGGCGCAGGCUCCUUCGCCCGCCCUGCGGCACGCCAGCUCUAGUACUUCGCUGCCUGACCAGAGGUCCAUACACUCGACCAGCGCCUCCUUCGACUCCCUGCCCACGCGCACCGAGAUGCCCUUCCAGUACUGCCGGCUGCUCUUCUCACACUUGGGACUGGCUGGCUGGGAGCGACGCUCCCGGACGCACUUACUGCAGAGGAGCGAGAAGCUGAUGCGGGAGCUGCGCAACGUUGACCUGCAAAAGUGCCGGGAAACGCACAAGAUGGCGGUGAUCUAUGUGGCCGCCGGACAGGAGGACAAGGGCAGCAUCCUCCGGAAUACGAGUGGCAGCAGCACCUACGAAAUGUUCGUCUCGGCCCUGGGCUGGGAGAUUGAUCUGGAGACGCACAAUGGCUUCUUGGGGGGUCUACCGCGUCAGGGAUGUGGCGCCACGGCUCCUUACUACGCCACACCGUUCCUGGAGGUGGUGUACCAUGUGGCCACGCGGAUGCCCUCGGACUCGUCGGAGGCCAUGCUUCUGAAGACGCGGCAUUUGGGCAACGACGAGGUGCACAUCGUGUGGAGCGAACAUCAUCGCGAUUACCGGCGGGACAUCCUGCCCACCGAGUUCUGCGACGUGCUCAUCGUGGUGUAUCCUCUGAGGAACGGCCUUUUCCGGGUCACAGUCAAUAGAAAGCCCGAGGUACCGUGGUUUGGGCCGCUGGCUAACGAGAGCGUGGUGAGCGGCGCCUGCCUGGCCACCUUGAUCCGGGCCACGGCCAUCAAUGCCAGUCGGACAAAGCGCGCAGCUUUGCCGCUCUACCAGCAAUUCUACGAGGAGCGCAAUCGUUCGUUGGACAGCGUUUCUUCAAGGUACAAGGAGAGCACCACCUUCGAGGACUUUGCCAGCCGAAUCUACAAUCCCAUGCCGCUGCCCACGCUGGGCACUCUGAGGGAGUCCAAUGCCAGCAGCAGCUCGGCAGCUCCCCUAGCUUCGGCUCUGCUGGAUCACAAUCGGGCUUCCGUUAAGGGUUGGGUACAAGCCUCCAUUGAUUCUGCACCCAUAAUGGGUUUGGUGCCCUCGGCCUCCGCUGGAUCAACGGCGGCCAUGGAGGCGGCCACUGGAUUGGCCUCCGCUUCACCACGUGGCCCCCGAAAGCUGGGUGCGCCGUUCAAGAAUGUGACCAAGAAGCACUCCCUGCAACAGAUCGUCGUGGGAGGCGGAGCCGGUGCCGGUGGCGAUACGCCACCCGAGAGUCCGACUUUGCCGCAGCGACGCUUCAAAUAAUACUUGUCUCUUUCCUCCGAUAUCCGGUACUAACUGCAAACCCAUUCCCGCCCAAGGAGAGAGUUCUAAAUGCAAAAACGAAUAGUAUUUCCGCCCUAUGUUAGUUAUUGUAAUUAUUAUUUCUCAGUGUAAUUAAUUUAUUCUCGCCGCCACUCUCUAGUUUCCAUUUCCCCAGAUAACACUGUGUUGUAUUUGCCUUGCGAAUUUUACCUAGUUACAAUGGCUAUUAUUCUUUUUACGUAUUUAUUAAUAGAUCGACUCGUUUGCGUCCACCCAAACUCACUAAGUUGUAGUUAAGUAAUCAGAGCGCCCAACUAUGUUGUAAAGUUAAGGAAUAUUUAGUUAUCGGAGCUUUAAGCAUUCGAGUGCAUUUACGCAGCUUCUGUUUUAAGGGUUUAAAUCAUUUGCAAUCUGUUAUCCAUUAUAAAUUAUUAUUAUUAUCGUAACUAUAAUAUUUUUUACCCAUGUAUGUCAUAUAUUUUACGCAACGCUUGGCAGCUUGGCAGCUUGUGAGAAUUCGAAAUUCGCUUUAGGUCGCAACACGCACAAAAUUUAGAGAUUUUUUUCAAUUAAAUUUUCUCAAUAUUUUGUCUUAUAAAUUGUAAUAAUACAAUGUGUCAAUAGUGUUUUAUUUUUUCAAAUAACUAAAAUGGUGCAUUAAUUAUUAAUAAUUAAUAACCUUUUUGGAUCGUUUCUUUCAUUGUGGUAAAAAUUACUACUAUGCAACUUUAUUAAUUAAACCAUUUUUUUUGUUUCUUACAUUAUUGUAAAAGUCAUUACUAUGCAAGUUAAUUUCUUGUGCAAUAAUUGAUUGUUAAAAUUACAACAAAAUUUACAAUAAUAUUUAAAUUUAAAAUUUGGAUUGUUGCCUUAUGGCAUGUUUUUUUUAUAACAUUUUUUGAAAUAAAUAUACAUAUAUUAUUAAAAAUUAUGUCAUAGUAGAAAUUUUUCCAGAAACGUAUGGAAAAAUGCAAGAAUAAUCAAAAUUCGAUCAUAGAAACAACAACUUGCUCUGCCCAUUUAAAAGCAAAACGUCAACUACUAGUAUUAUGUAAUCGAGCUAUAUAUGUAUAGGUAGCCCUAGAGUUAAGUAUCCUAUAUCCAAAAUCUACCAAAAUGUCGAUGGCAAUCGUCACUAGGAGUGUGAGUCUUAGAGAAAAAAGCAAAACAAGCGAAAAACAAAUGAGUAACUACAAAUUGUUCAAACCAAUCGCCUUUUAGUUGUGUGUAAAAACGAAAAUUGUUACCUUAGAUGAUUUAUUAAGUAAUAUUAAUCAUUUUUGUAUUUUCACUGCGAAUUGUUUUCAACGAAAUUCGAUCAAAUUGAUAGAUUUACACGAUAUAUUUAUAUAUAUUUACACCAACCAGCGUACAUACGUAUAUGUUAAUUUGUAUUUAUGUAAAGCGGGCAACUGAAAGUUAAUUGCAAUGCCUUUUUGUUGCGCAAAUGUUUUAAUAUAUGAGAAAUCAGUAGUAUAAUUAACACAAUUAACCGUAAGUGAACAUUUUUGUAUAAAACCAAUAAAUCGGAAAGCAAAUUAAAGCUAUGUGAAAUUUGUAACUAACACCAAGCAUACGCGCAUUAUAUACAACUACAUUUUUAGUAUAUAUGUAUAUUAAUUUACUAACUUAUUUCGAGAAACGAUCGAGUAUUUUUUGGAUAAUAAAUAACUUGAAUUUCAAAAAGA